AUGGAGUCAGUCAUUGUCUCCUCUGAUCGAUCCACUCAUAGUGCUUUAUCUACUUCAAUUGAGAAUUAUGAUAAAACAAGUCCAACAAGAAUAUCUAAGAACAAUAGUUUUUUGGCUUCCAUUGGUGCUCAUGAAUUUUUCUCUCAAGAGAUGUGGGGAGCAGCAAUCACUGAAUUAGUAGGAACAACAUGUCUAUUAUUUACAUUGACUAUUUCUAUUGUCGCGUGUCUAAACUUUCACGAGGUAGAAUCAAAGCUUCUCGUUCCAAUUGUCGUCUUUGUCAUCCUCUUUUUCUUCCUCAUGGCGACAAUUCCUAUCUCAGGCGGCCAUAUGAACCCAGUCUUCACAUUCAUUGCCACCCUCAAAGGCAUCAUAACAAUAACUCGUGCUGCCUUCUAUUUCUUAGCACAAUGUUUAGGCUCUAUCAUAAGUUUCAUCAUAAUCAAGAGUGUGAUGAACCAUGAUUCUGCUACUAAAUUCUCUUUAGGAGGCUGCAGCAUUAAGGGACAUGGAUCAACUGGGUUACACCUAGGAGUUGCAUUGAUGCUAGAGUUUUCUUGCACAUUCUUAGUACUUUUCGUAGCAGUAAAUGUAGCUUUCGACAAGAGGAGGUCCAAGGAGCUUGGCGUAUCAAAAGUAUGUGCUCAAAUUGCGGGAGCAAUGGCACUUGCUGUGUUUGUAUCGAUUACAGUCACGGGCCAGACUGCCUAUGCGGGUGCCGGCUUAAAUCCAGCAAAGUGCUUUGGUGCUGCCAUAUUGCAAGGUGGAUUACUAUGGAAAGGUCAUUGGGUUUUCUGGGUAGGAUCUUUUUUUGCUUGUAUUGUUUAUUAUGGUUUCAGCUUGACUUUACCUAAACAAGGGCUUGAUUGGGUUGAAGGAGAGUAUGAUGCAAUGAGAUUGGCCAAGGCUUGUUGGGGAACCAAGGACUUUCCCAACUCUUCUCUUCAAGAGAAAGGUGAUGGACCUUAAAAAGUUCUGUCCUUUUUCAAAUUUAUCAGUCUUCUAUCAGU